AUGAGAGGGACAGGGCAGGGAAUGGGGGAGAGAGAGGACUUUGAGGGUCCUCAGCUUUCUGUCAAAACCUUUCAGCUGGAGAAAGAAUUCCUAGAGCUGGAGCCCCUAGACGAAGAGUUCCUGAGCCUUGACCCAGAGCUGGAGCUGGAAUGGAAGCCCAAGCCUCUACCGCCGCCAGAGACGCACCCGGUGGUCAUGCCCAAGCCCAAGGCCAAGCUGGACAUGGAGCCCCUCAGUGAAGACCCUGAGCCACAGGAGCAUAAGAUAGAGUCACUCUACCCCUCCGCGGAGGGACUAACGCAGCAGGACAUCAGCCAAUGGAGUAUGAGGUCAAGCUCCACGAGUUCCACGGAGGUGGACCCGCUGUCCACCGACCGCCGCUCCAUCCGUGUGCAGACCUCCAAGCACCUCUUCUGGGCAGACAAGCUCAUCCAGGCCUCAGAACACAGCCUGAAACAGGUGAUCAGCAUGCAGCCGGUCGAGCAGAGCACAAAAGAGACCACCCGCCACCCAGACCCGCUGUCUGUCCCCAAAGACACCGUGUGCUCCCGGAAGCAGGGCCAGGACCCCAGUGCCCAGGCGGCUCUUCCAGACAAAGUCUCCCAGCAGCCUCCAAGCCGCCAGCCGUCCCCCACCCCGCAAACCAUCGGCCUGGCGGAGCUGGUCAACUUCGCAUCUUCCUUGGCCAUGGCCUCGUCCAGCAGGAUGGACUUGCCCAGUUUGGAGCACGUGAUCAAAGCCUCACCCCAGAAGGCCACGGCGCCUUCCACGGAGCCCGCUGUGGAUCACGCCGCCCAGCCCACCGUUGACACGCCAGAGCAGGAAAACCUCACGAAGGACGUGCUAGAGCAGCCACCAAGGGAACCACUGGAAGCCAGGGGGCCGCAGAAUGCGUCACAGCAGGAAGGCAGGCUCUUCCUUCUCCCUUACCUUGACUUCAGCAAGCCAGGGUUCAAGAGCGCCGCCAUCAAAGGGGAAGUGAAGUUUCUCCAGCCCCCGAACAUGUCCUCUCAGCCACAAGGAGCUGGGAGAGAGUAA